GGGGAGCGCUGCAAAUAGUCCUUUGUUUACAUGCAAUUCCUUACUCCGCGGAAGGAGGCCGGGGGAGUGCUCAGUUUUCACCAGCUGUUUCCCGCCUUGAAACAGACAUCUGAUCAGCUGCAAACACACACACACAUACACACGCCCGGGGAGGCAGGCCGGAGAGACCUCCCUCCCGCCCCUCCCGCCCGCCUCCCUCCCCUCGCCGCCGCCGCCGCCGCCGCCAGCAUCUGGGACCGGCCGAUUCUGCACCUCCGUCCGGCGCUACCCUUUGAUUCGGAUUUCCAUCUUGCAUUCUCCAGCGGACCGCGGGACCUGGCUCGUGCAGAGGAGGGGGGCCGAUCGCUAUGGAGUAUUUCAUGGUGCCCACUCAGAAGCCUUGCCAACAUUCCACUGACCCCCGAGACCCAGCGGGACCAGGAGCGGAGGAUUCGCCGGGAGAUUGCCAACAGCAACGAGCGGAGGCGCAUGCAGAGCAUCAACGCGGGCUUCCAGUCCCUCAAGACCCUCAUUCCCCACACAGAUGGAGAGAAGCUCAGCAAGGCAGCCAUUCUCCAGCAGACUGCGGAGUACAUUUUCUCCUUAGAGCAGGAGAAGACCAGGCUCCUGCAGCAGAACACACAGCUCAAGCGCUUCAUCCAGGAACUGAGCGGCUCAUCCCCCAAGCGGCGACGGGCAGAGGACAAGGAUGAGGGCAUUGGUUCCCCCGACAUCUGGGAGGACGAGAAGGCUGAGGACCUGCGGAGGGAGAUGAUUGAACUGCGGCAGCAGCUGGACAAGGAGCGCUCCGUGCGCAUGAUGCUGGAGGAGCAGGUGCGCUCACUGGAGGCCCACAUGUACCCGGAAAAGCUCAAGGUGAUUGCGCAACAGGUGCAGCUGCAGCAGCAGCAGGAGCAGGUGCGGCUGCUGCACCAGGAGAAGCUGGAGAGGGAACAGCAGCACCUGCGGACCCAGCUCCUGCCCCCUCCGGCCCCCACCCACCACCCUACGGUGAUCGUGCCUGCGCCGGCCCCGCCCCCCUCCCACCACAUCAAUGUCGUCACCAUGGGUCCCUCCUCUGUCAUCAACUCUGUUUCUACAUCCCGGCAAAAUCUGGACACCAUCGUGCAGGCUAUCCAGCACAUCGAGGGCACCCAGGACAAGCAGGAGCUGGAGGAGGAGCAGCGGCGAGCGGUCAUCAUCAAGCCGGCCCGCAGCUGCCCAGAGCCCCACACCUCCGACACCGCCUCCGACUCAGAGGCUUCAGACAGUGAGGCCAUGGACCAGAGCCGGGAGGAGCCGCUGGGGGACAGCGAGCUUCCCUGACCACCCCCCCAGCCCUCCUCUCCCUUCUGGGGGCUGGAGGGGGCCGGGGGCAGCAACAGGGAGACAUGUGGGUGAAUGAGUGAGAAAUUUUUACAAAAUUUACGAUGUCAUUUGGGUCUCUUUUAUGACCUCUUUUUCAAUACUGUAAAUCGACUUUUAAACAAAGCCACCCCAGCCGAGGUCCCGGGGCUGGGGUGACACAGAGUGUGUGGGAGCACGGGACCCCAGGGCUGGGUGUCAGCCAUGGGGGCUGGAGAAGCUGACACUGAGGUGCCCGGCCUCUCUCCGCCAAAAAUGCUUUUUUUUUUUUUUUGUCGUCAUUUAAACAUGUUUUUAAGAACAGGGAAAAUCAAACAAACCCCCAAGGUAUUUCCUCCCACCCCAGAGCCAGCCCUAGGACCGGCGCUCUCUACCCUCUUCCUCCACUGUUUGGUUUUCUUCUUUCUUCUUAAGCACUUAUGUGGGUUGGGGUCAGGCGGGGUCGGGGCUUUCUGGGGGUCUGGGGGUGUAUGUCGCUUCUCGGUUGGGGUUUGCUGCUGCCAUUCUCCCCCUCCCCAUCUCAGCACCGGGACUCGCCACUCUCUCCUCCCCCCACUCUCCCUCCAGGGUUCCCAUCUUUGACCCCAAAAUGUCUUUGUCUCUCACUUGUUUUGUUUGUUGUUGGUUUUAUUUUAGUUUUGGUUUCUGUUAUUUUUUUUUUCUUUUUACAAUUUUGAACUCUGUGUCCAAGGAGAAGCUAUUAUAUUUUGUUAAGUGUGGGGGGGAAAUCCAAGAGGCUACUGUGCCUUUGUAAAGAAACAAAAUAAAGUUUGUACUUUGUUUUUUAA